CUGGGACUGAGAUGGCCAUAACGCUUAAAGCGAUUUUAUCGUACUCGCAUCGGCUGUUCCUCUUCUUUCUCUCCCACCAUCAUUUUUUGACCGACUUUGCCAAACCAAGUUCCUUUUGGGGUUCCUCGCCGCUCUUCUUUUUCUCUCUCUCUCUCUUACUCUUUACUCUUUCUUUAAACAAUUUGCUUGCGUUAAGCCCAAUUCGCCCGCCAUGUCUCAACAGUACUCUUACCAGGAUGUUGCCGAGCACAACACCAAGAAGGACCUCUUCGUCGUGAUCCACGACAAGGUCUACGACUGCUCCAAGUUUGUCGACGAGCACCCUGGUGGUGAGGAGGUCAUGCUCGAUGUCGCCGGCCAGGAUGCCACCGAGGCUUUCGAGGAUGUCGGCCACAGCGACGAGGCCCGCGAGUCUCUCGCCACGCUGCUUGUCGGCGACCUGAAGCGCCAGCCCGGCGACCCUGUACCCAAGGCCGUCUCCCAGAACACUCCCUCCGUUGGCGGUUCCACCACCGGCGGCGGCUUUGGCCUCUACAGCGUUGUUGCCAUUGGCGGUCUCAUCGCUUACUUCGCCUACCAGUACAUCCAGGCCAACGCCGAGCAGACUGCCCAGGCUGCCUAAAUCGCAUCCUAUCCAUGACAGGGUUUCAACAACGAAUAUAAAAUUUAAAAACAAAAGAAGGGAAGAAGAAAAAGGGGGAAUCAUGCCCGAGCUUUCGCUUCAGCGCGCGAAGUUGUAAACAGGACAAAGAGCUGGGGAGAGGAUUUGUGACAUGUUACCUUUUUCGAGCAUGCAAUACCACGCCGGGGAACGGAUCUGGGAUAUUUUGAUAAGCGUGACAGUAUAGAGGCGUGCUGUCAAGAAUUUUCGGGCACUAGACCAUUGGGAGUCAUUGUUACAGGAAUGAACUAGAUGAUGCCUUUGACGGAAAAUAUACAGGGCUAGAUAUCUACGAUAAUCAAUGUUUUUUUGGUUGACACGAUGCGCAUAUGAAAACUCGCAACUGAUGCUGGC